AUGUACUUUUGGGAAUAUUAUGAGGCGAGUGUAAUGCAGUGUGUAGCUUGUCAGCAAAAUGCUUCGUUAACCACGUCUGCUGACGGUUUUAGUUGUACAUGCAUGGAGAACAGCAUCCCUGUGUCGCCGGCUCGGUGCCGGCCGUGCGGCGUCACGGAGCUCGUGUCGUCCGACGGCGCCGCCUGCGUGCCGCGUCGCUGUCACACCGCCGCCGGCAGGGUCGCGUGCAGGAAAUGCCCGAGAGAGUACAUAACUGUGACACAAAACAUCGACGGGUCACCCAUGAAAGAAGUCCAGUGUAUCAAAUGCGCUAAAGGCUUCAAGCCUCAAAACAACCAAUGUGUGAGAUGCGAGGCCUGCUCCUGUAGCAAACUAGAAGCAGUGAUAGCAGGGAUAUGUAUACCUAAGAAGUUUCUUAUGAGUAGACCGAAGUAUACAGACAAUAAGCUACACCCUGGUGUCCUUAUGGAACUUGUUAAGUUAGAAUAUUUGUGCACGGAGCAAGAUAUUCUAGCCUGUAGACGCCUAGGACAUGCGUGCGUGAAGAGUUUUUAUUCAGUAGACGUGGCUGGACCCUGCAACUUGUCGUUCAAGCCUAAUACUACCAUAAAAGGUCUGCCGCCGCUAGCUUUUCCAUUCAGCAAAAAUGACGAAGAAUUUUAUUUAGAACACGGAAUGAGGGGUUUGUGGCCUUCAAACAAAUUUCGCAAGUUCUUUCUAGUGGACAAAUAUCUAUCGAUUGCGACUAAUGUUACUGAAAUGGUGUACUUAAGAACUCUCCUUUUACAAAUAAGCAUAACUCGCGAAGUGUCAAAGUCUGGAUUAAAGUUUACAUUGAACGUAGAAGCGCACUAUGAGACAAAGUCACCACUAGCUGACGCCAUCACCACGACUUUUGAGGUUCAACACCAGAUGCCACAAGCUGGGGUUACGAGGAGUCUUGAAAUACUGGGCGGUGUAUUCGGCGCGGCGAUGUCGGUGUACGCGGCUGUACAGUGGCGCGGCGCGGUCAAGCGCGGCGCGCUACUUGUCACUAUUGUGCCAGUACUGGCCAGUGCGGUUGCUGAUGCACUGUAUUUUGCGACUCUACUAUCUACUCUGCACGCGCUCGCCGCCGAGGCUGGUACUCUGGGCCUCACUCUACCUUUGUCUAAAACAGAAGACAACUUAAUUACUGCUAUGAUCUACUCAGCAGUAGCCUUGAAGGUACUAAAAGUAAUUUGGGUAAAUAUAAAGCAAAGUAGAAGCCACAUUCUGUUUAUCGAUUGGUCGAAAUAUAAUCCUUCUUUCAAUGAGGUGGAAGUCACUGACUCUUCAGACUGGCGAACCGCCAUGGUAGGUAAGGAGUGGAAUAGCAUUCGGUGCCAGCGGCGUGUGUCUCCGGCAGUCACUGCAGCGAUAGCACUUCUAAUAUUACAUUUUCUAGACCUCCGCCUGUCCAUCCCUCAAAGCCAGGGCUACAAGUGGUGUAUCACCACUCUAGCCUGGUGGUUGUCCUACAUUACACUCCUACUGGCUCGAUAUGCCCUGGACCUAGCAGCGGGAUCACCGACGGCAGAGCUGCCGAGGGUGUGUGGAGGAGUAGGGGUGUCGGUACUGGUGUUCCAGGAGGAGAGAUACGCUCAUUAUGUAAAUGGGAGGAAUGACGCAAUCCUUGAUUACAAAAUGAUAACCGGAUCUCUCGCUACGUGUCGCCUCUUCUGUUCACCACAACUCAGAGAAAUCUACACCAAGCUUUCGACAGCAAGCUACGGUGAAUUUGGCCAGGAUCCAAACGGAGUGCUUCUAACAAAAUUCAUGGCUGCUUUUUUCGAAAGGGCUCUGGAUGGUCUAAACUGGGUAGCCUCCGAGCGGACGACGCUGGAGCGACUGCUAGACGUGGAGCUCGUAGACCGCGAGGGCGGCAACACCAGCGUCCUGCUCUACGAUAACGACGUGACGCCAUCUUGUUUUGCUGUCACGUGGUGGGGAGAAGAAUGGUUGCUGGCAACGUUUGAUGCGAUGUUGUUUGACUGCGUGUAUAUUUCGACUGGACAACCAUUGCUGGCCGCGAUUGUUACUCUGACUAUGUGGCAAGUAAUGGAACUAGCAAACACAGUUUUGUGGAAUAGAACGAUUCAGGUUAAUUGGAGUAUGGAGAAGAUGAUUGUACAUAAUGUAAGAUUCUAGUUUGAUUUUUGAUGAUUUUCUUAUUUGAAUAAAAAGCAAAAA